AUGAGUCGUUCUCGUCCUUCCGAACAGUAAGCUGUUGCACUCAAUAGAUUCUUGCGACGAAUACGGCCUAAAAUGCUGACUCUACAGCAAAAUUUAUCUCUUCUCUGCUACUUCAAUCUCUUGACUGCAAUCUACGGAACAUCAACAACAACAAUAAAAGCUAAUUAUUACAAAUGAAUAUCAAAGAGACCAAGUAAUACAAUGCUGCCAUGGCAAGAAAGGCUUCUCUGCAGAUCAAGGAAGUUCUAGAUAAAGAACGUGGAUAUAUGUGAGCAAGGAGACGUGUCACCACCGUCUGAGAAGCAUCGCCAGUCUUCAAAUUGGAAAGCUGGAUUGGAGAGGUCACCAUCGUCACAGGUUCCAGUAUAAAGAAUAUGGUGAAGCAAUGAGAUUUGGAGGUUUUCAACCUUUAUUUAUAAUCUGAGAAAUUAGGGUUUUGCAAAGCGGUGAUAGGAAAAAGUAAUUAAUAUUAGUGUAGUGGGAGAGAUGGCAAGGGAGAGACAAUUGAGACUCUCAAUGAGGAUUCCACCAUUCUUGCAGGCUCUUUUAGUAAGAACAAAAUGGUAAUGAAUCUGGAGAAUCAGUGAAAUUAGGAGAUGGUUCCAUCACUAUUUAUAGAAUAUAAAAUUAGGGAUUUGCAAAGGAGGUGGGGAGAGAAGUAACGAAAUUCGACGUAGUGGGGGAGUUUUACAGAGUGAGUUAAUGGUGAAACUUAAUGAGUAGUCUCAAACUCUCAAUGAUAAGCGUUACCUAUCGCUCUGGUUUCGGUGUGGGAAAGAUGAGAACUUCUAUCAUAGAGAAGAUGAAGUCCAAGAAGAAGGAAGAUGAAGUGGGCUAUUUGAUAUCACAUCUGAUUUUGCAGAUCCAUUUUGGAUUUGCUUAUUUGUUGCAAACCCAUAAUUUAACUUUUGUAUACGAAAGUUGAAGCCCGAAAGCGGAAAACGUAAAUAGAGUGAUGCCAUGUGUCCUAAAACGCCCCGUACUAUAUGGUGACGUGGCAGCUUAAGGUGGGAGAAAACUCUCCUUUAUUAGUAUAGAUAAAUAAGUGCCUAUGUAAAAGUGAACGGGUAUGUUUGUUAUAACCAUGACUUGUUGGAUAAGUUUGGUUAUGCUUCAUUUUUCAUUUUUCAUUUUUCAUUUUGCAGACGGUUAGUUAUGUAAGAUGUUUAUUUAAGUUUGUGCUGUCUUGUCUUAGUAAAAUAAUAAGUUUCAGAUUCUACUCUCUGUUUUUAAAUUCCUUGUCUUUUUCUCUAUAACCAUGACUUGUUGUUUUUAAAAGAAAUUCCUUCUCCAAAUCUCACUGUUCAAGUGUUUCACAAAUCAAAAUAGCUCCUAGAAGGUUUAUGCAUUUAGUUCUGUUUUUCUUUCUGCACUUCGCGUUACAAACUUUUGGUAAUUCAUUCAAUUUUUUUUGAACGAUUUUUUUUUUUUUCGAAGUGGGUAACUUAAAAUAUUAUUUCAAUGAAUGAAGAUGAUCUUACCAUGACUUUGUUGGGUAAAGAACUAAGAAGAAUUUACGCAGAAAGUGGCGGGAAAAAAGAACCGUUAUGACUUAGAUUCAGCGCCAAAACAAUAGACGUAAACUGUAAACAUGUUAUUAAUUUCCGAUUUUACCCUUUACUCGUCUUCCACCUAAUUAUAAUAGUGUCUUCCUCUGAAAGCUUCUCCUCUAAUAAUUCCUGGGGAAGCAAGCGACUUGUAAAAGGCAAAACGUGUCUUUAAUAGCAAGAAUCUUUCGCAUACUUUCCACUUACUCCCUCUUCCUCUUCUUUUAUUUGCUCCCUUAUCUUUGUGUCUCUAUUCCUCCGCAAAAUAUGGGAUCUUCAAAGAAAUCUCAAGUCGGUAGAGGAUUAGACACCGACGGUAGCAAAUGGGUCAUCGCCGAAAUCUCUAUACGGGCUUCACUGAAGCCGGUGAAAACCAAACAGAAACGGCACGAGAGAGACACAGAAGCUGAAGAUGAACAUUACAGUGGCAGCGAAGAGUACUGCAUCACGCCCACGGCGAAAGAAGCGAAGCUCUCUGAGAAACUGAUAUGUCCCCCUGCGCCAAGGAAACGCAGACCAGAGUUGAAGUGUCGGAGCAAUGUCGGUAUAGAGUACUUUGUGGUGACUCCUUCAGAAUUGGAGACGGUUUUUAUACGAAGCAGUAAUGUAAAACGAUAAUAUUCUCAAGCAUAUAUUAGUGAACGAGUUUUAAAUA